GGGGACUGGAUGUCCUAUGCAAAGAGAAAGGUAUUAUAUAGGUCGUCUAAUCGUUUUAGAUAAAUCUACAAGAAAUGGAAGAUUUAUUCGAAAUUUUCCAUGGUGGUACUCUAAAACCAGGAGUCGGAGCCGUUUCAAAUCUUAUUGAUAUAUUAAAGGCCGCCAAUAUUGAUGUUCCGGAGGAGGUGAUGAGCUUUUUUAUUAGAUAUAUUAGUUUUAUUGUGCGUUAUUUAUUUGUUGCUGUAGUGCUUGUAUUCAAGUUGUUGUGCUUGUUUGGUUGGAAGGUCGUUGGGCUUUUGAGUUUCUGUUGUUGUGUGUGAGCUGUUGUGAUUUCUUGAUGUUUGCGGGUAACUGUAUAUGAUGGACUUGUAGUGUUGUUGUUUUGAUGUUCGUCUGUGCGGUGAUUUGUUGUGAUGAGUUAUUGUGUGGUUGUAGUACCCGGUUGUUUGUCUUGUGUUGUGAUUCACGGCGGUUGUUGUGUUUCGACGACCUUAUCCAGCGGACAGCACAGCUUCUCGCCCUGAAGUCAGUCAUUGAUGGUCUGACAUGGAUGACAGCGAGGAAAGGGGAUCCUUUUUGUCAUCGGAAGACGCGGCGCAGAACAUAGACUCAGUCUUUGCUCAAAUCGGUUUCGGUCGAUGGCAGCUCAUCCAGAUGGCUGCUGCGAUGCUGAGUUAUGCCGCCUUAGCACCUGGCCUUAUUGGCUCAACGUUGACAAAUGCGCCUAUCGCCUACAGAUGUGGCGACGACGAUAUAUAUGAAUCGUCGAGGCCUUUUGACAAUGAGUGUCAUUACAAGUACUACGACUCAGACAAUGCCACAUUCCAUAAUGAAAGUGGCACUGCGAAUGUCAGCGUGAGUUGUAGCCAGCCAACGUUAGCUUCUUCAUAUAAUGGUACAGCCUCCGCCAUGAUCAUUGAAUCCAACACUUCGAGUCCGCCUUGUGUUGCGUGGGAGUAUGACAAUACGGUUUUCACUUCGACCGUUUCGAUGGAGGUAAAUUGA